UGAGAAGCAAAGAGGCAGGUUUAGCAAAAUGGCUGAAUUAGUUUAGAUCUAACUGCGUGAUUACUCUUCAGGAGAGAAGGAAUCAUUUGCAAAAAUAAGACAGAGCGACGGAACGGCAGCAGUUUGAAGUUAAAAUGUUUUUAUUCCUGAUGUUCCUGCUUCAGCUUACAGCAGCGACCGGGACAGAACCAGUUUUUUUCACCGUCACCCAUGGAGAUGAAGUAACUUUUGCUUGUAGAAACAGUGAUUGUCAGAAUGAUUCUGUGUCUACAGAGUGGCUCUUUAGUCAUUUCAGAUCGCCUAAAUCAGAAAUACUGUUCAAAAAGCCAAGCAGUGGAGCGAUCUCUAGAUCUGACAGACGUAGUUUUACAGGAAACUGUUCUCUGGUUAUAAAGGCAGUCACAGCCGAAGAUGUUGGCAUUUACACCUGCAGACAAAAUGUAUCAGGACAGAAAGAUGACCAGUCCUUCUUUUUGUCUAUUAUUGAGAUAACUGAGCAGAUCAUCAGUCCCUCGUUCAUCUUGAACUGCUCUGUCCUGCAGUACGAAGACUGCAGACAUGAGGUGGUGUGGUCGCAUCAGGGUAAAGAGGGAAUAUAUUCAGGCAUAGGGAUUUCACCACCAUUUUGUUUUGCAACUGUGACAUUUGCAAUGUCCGAGCUUCAUCAGAAGUUUAAAAAGUCAAUGAUGUGUAAAGUCACCAAUACUUACACUAAAGAAGUGCAACUCUUCCCUUUCAAACCUUCACCUUUCGGGACAGCAGGAUCAUUUGGGAAAAAUCCAGCACACCAAGCCUUGCCACAUUUCCUUAGAGACAUCAUUGUGUGUGUGGGUUUGGCAAUACUCAUAAUGUCUGUUGUCAUACUUAACAUAUGGACAAAAAUCCAAGAAAAUCAAUCACAGAUGAAUAAAGACAUUGAACUUUCAGAUAAAGAUGAAGAUGAAAGCGCAGAAGUUUAUGAGAAUAUUAAAAAGCUUUCUGCAUCAGUCAGUCUUAAUUGAUAAACAACAAUGCAAAUGAGAUUAAAGCUGGUAAAGUUUCAUGUUUUACACCUAAUGGAACGCGGCCCAUCACCUGGAUGAAGGCAUUACUGGAAGUUUUCCAAUAACUCAUACAGCGGAGAUAUUAUAUCUCUGAAGAAAAGGGUUAAGGAAGUACCACAGACUGUGGAACCAGUGAUUGGAGAUACUGUAGAGGUUUUUAAAAGAACUUUCUAAACUUUAGAAAUUAGUUAUUAGAACACAAAAUGGAAAUGUACUGUUGUUGUUCCUCAUAUAUGGAUUUCUUCAAUAAUUUGUUGAAGUUAAUAGCUGCAGGCAGGAUGGAUCUCCUGUAGUGACCUGUCUUGAAGUGAAGCUGGAGAAGCCUCUGACUG